AUGGAGCACCCCCAAGCUGCAGAGGUUCUCGAUGUUACUCAAUGGCCAACAGCAAAGACGUUUAUUUCACGAUGUAGCGAGUUUUUGGCCGAGGUCCAAGACCUAACUCCUGGCAAAGCCCUCGAGAGUAGACUAAACAAAUACUACGGCCCCGGCAACCACUUCUAUGAAGAUUUCUGUGCCUUGAUCAAACAAGGUCUCGAAGAGGGAUGGGUAGCUCAGACCGAGAUCGAAGGCCGGAAAUAUCGGCGGGGUAAAAUCGCCCUCCCUUCAGCUGAGACGAGGUAUUUCAGCAUCACGACGGUCUAUAUGGACAGCAAAGAAGAGUACAAGGGCCAGUAUCACUCUCAUCCGUAUGGUGAGAUUAACUGCGUUGUCCAGCUAGAUCCAGACGCCGAACUGAGGGGAAUGCAAGGGUGGCAGGGUGCUGGCUGGACCUCUCCUGGGCCAGGUACACAUCAUUAUCCCGAAGUACGCAAGGGAGCCUUGGUUGCGCUUUUCUUCUUGCCCGCAGGUCGGAUUUCGUACAAUGCCGAGCCGGAUGCUCCGCAACCGAUCUCAGUGUGA